AUGCGUCCACGAACUGAAAUAAAUUCAACUCACAUAGACACAGAUAUACAAACACAGUUGCUCACGGAUGCAGUAUUGCCCCCGCCCCCCCUGACCACAUACCAGAGAGAAGAUCUUGUGGGUCAAAUAACGGUUGAGGAAAUUAACACUGCUAUCUCCAACUUGCCCCACGGCAAAUCUCCAGGCCCGGAUGGCUUUUCGGGUGAUUAUUACCGCAUGUUGCAGACCCACAUUGUCCCCUCAUUAUUGGAACUGUUUCAUGCAAUACAUGAGAGGAGCUCUCCAUCCCCGCUUUUUAAUGAAGCCUUUAUUACACUUAUCCCUAAACCGGGUAGGGACACUAACUUCCUUUCCUCCUACAGACCAAUUAGUCUCCUAAAUGUGGAUUACAAACUUCUAGCCAAGAUAAUGGCGACGCGGCUCCAAUCUAUUCUCCCUGAUAUCCUCACCACGACACAAAUGGGUUUUGUAACAGGUAGACAUGCGGUUAAGGCUAUCCGCACAGCUCUGGCGGCGGUGGCGGCGUCCCAGUCUCCAUGCACAGAUUCAAAUAUGCUUCUUAGCCUCGACGCUAACAAGGCCUUUGAUAUGGUGAUUACUAAUUCACACAUCAUGGACCAUACAUAUACCAUAUAUAUAAAUAUCACCCUCUUACUCACUUUAAUGUUCUGUUCCAUGGAUCAGAGAUGCAGACUUCCACCUAUGUCGGUGCUGGAGGGGAUAUCACAACCCGGCGACAUCAUGAUCGGAGUCUUGAUAAGUGUUCAUAUCGACAGAAAUUACCAAAAACUUACAUUCAAUGUUAAACCGUCCAAGACUUUGUGCACAGUGUUCAGCUUGGACUUCUACCAUCUGACUCAGACCAUGAUACACACCAUUGAAGAGAUCAACAGGGAUCCCAAUAUUCUCCCAAAUGUUACAUUAGGCUUCCAGAUGUAUGACACCUGUAAUAUACCACAUAAUGAAUUACAAGGAGCGUUACAAUUUCUGACUGAGUUCACCACACUUACAUCCAACAGCCAGUGUAGUUCUCGGCCAUCUUUCCCUGCCGUUGUUGGAUCCAUGAUUUCUUCAAAUUCAGUCAUCUUGGCUCAUGUUCUGGGGACAUUCAGAUACCCACAGGUCAGCCCAUACUCAACUGUUUCUCUGCUGAGUAACCGGGAAAUGUUUCCGUCUUUCUUCAGGACCGUUUUAAGUGAUAAACUCCAGUCUAUGGGAAUGGCUCGGCUUGUUUUGAGCUUCGGUUGGACCUGGGUCGGUCUUGUGGCAACUGACAAUGAUUAUGGUCUUCUGGGAAUUCAGCCAAUAAAACAAGAGAUAAUUAAGGCUGGGGCAUGUGUAGCUUUUACUGAACAUAUACGUCUAGGACAGCCAGAUCGUAAUGCUCCACAUAUAGUGAGGGUUAUUAAGGAGUCAUUGGCUAAGGUAAUUGUUGUAUUCUCUGUUGAUUUUGAAUUUGUUCCUGUUGCAAAUGAAAUGUUGAAACAGAACAUCACAGGAAGGAUAUUUAUAGGUAAUGCCGGUUGGAUCAGGACUAUCUUACUAUUAACAAGAAAUUAUUUCAACAUUUUUUCUGGCACUCUUGGCUUAACCCCUAUUGAUUAUGUGGUUCCAGGAUUAAAUCAGUAUCUCAAUAAGUUACAUCCUUCUCAGUCUAUGGGGGAGACCUGGGUUAACUUACAUUGGGAGAAAGUUUUCAGCUGCAAAUUUCUUUAUGGGAAAAACUUUACUGAUUCUUUGGAGACCCCAGUCAAAGAAUGUACAGGUGAAGAGAAGUUAGAUGAUGUCCGGAACAGUUCCACCUACAUCACCAGCUUUAAAUAUGCUCAUUUUACUUAUUCAUCUGUGAUGGUUUUGGCUAAAGCUAUGGAUGAUCUGAGAAGCUGCAAGGUGGGUAACGGGCCAUUUUCCCAUGGGACCUGUGCAGACAUUUGGAAUUUCAAACCAUGGCAGCUCACACACUAUAUCAAGAAAGUCCGACUCAAACUUAGUGGUGGUAAUAACAUUUACUUUGAUGAGAAUGGAGACUCAUCUGCAUUCUAUACUAUUGUGAACUGGCAACUGAGUCCGGAAGGGACUAUAAAGCAAAUUCGGAUUGGCAAUUAUAAUACUGCUGCAAUUCCUGAUGAAUCUCUGAUUAUCAACCCAAGUCUGUUGCUGUGGUCUAAGGGUGAUCAGCAGGUCCCACAAUCAGUCUGCAGUGAAAGCUGUCCUGCAGGAUACAGGAAGGCUGCUAGAUCAGGACACCCUGUCUGCUGCUUUGAUUGUGUCCAAUGUCUACAAGGAGAAAUAUCUAACCAGACAGAUUCAAUAAACUGUAUCAGGUGUUCUUGGGAUCAGUGGCCAAAUUUUGAGAAGUCCAGAUGUCUUCAAAAGUCAAUGGAGUUUCUUUCCUAUGAAGAUGCAUUAGGAGGAACUUUAGCUACAAUCAGCGUAAUAUCCUCACUUAUUCCUGUUCUUAUUUUGAGGCUUUUCAUCCUGCAUAGACUUACGCCUGUAGUGAAAGCCAAUAAUUACUCUCUAAGUUGUCUUCUACUGAUGUCCCUAUGUCUCUGCUUCCUGUGCUCUUUAGUAUUUAUAGGUUACCCCCACCAUCAGACGUGUCUCCUGCGUCAGGUACUGUUUGGCCUGGCCUUCACUUUGUGUGUCUCAAGCAUUUUGGCUAAGACUAUCCUGGUGGUGCUUGCUUUUAUUGCCCAGCCAGGCAGCAAUCUGAGGAACUGGAUGCGGCCCCAAGUGUCCUACAUGAUUAUUUUUACCUGUUUCCUGUUACAACUCAUCUUGUGCAUCACUUGGUUGUCCCUAGCUUCUCCAUUUCCACAAUAUAAUACUGAAUCUAAACAUGAAAACAUAAUUGCUGAGUGUAAUGAGGGCUCCACCAUUGCCUUCUGGACCAUGCUGGGAUAUCUGUUCCUGCUGGCCACCAUUAGUUUCAUUGUUGCCUUCCUGGGUCGAAAUCUGCCAGACAGAUUUAAUGAGGCUCAGUUUAUUACCUUCAGCAUGCUGGCCUUCCUCAGUGUCUGGGUGUCCUUUAUCCCGGCAUCCCUCAGUUCUCAGGGAAAAUACACAGUGGCCAUGGAAAUAUUUGCCAUCUUGGCUUCUAGUUGGGCUCUGGUGAUCUGUAUGUUCCUUCCUAAAUGUUUCAUCAUAUUGUUCAGACCAGAUCAAAACAGUCAACUACUCAUAAUGAAAAUUAAAGAUUAA